ACAGUGGGUGUGUGACUCGCGAACAUUCGGUGACGUCAGCGAAUCUAUAUAAAGACCGCUCUCCAGCGUGGCGUCUCCUUUUAGGCUUAGUUAUAGUUAGGACUUGGUAGUUCUCUGGCUAUCACCAUGGCAACCAUUACAUCCCUCCGGUCUCUGUGCUGCGCUGUGAGAGCCCAGGUUCGGGCGAUCCACUGUACCCCGUGCAGGAAUGAGGCAGUCAUCAUCUCUGGCAGAAAGCUGGCAAGGCAAAUCCGGCAAGAGGCACGGCACGAAGUGGAACAGUGGGUGGCAGCCGGCAACAAGAGACCACACCUCAGUGUCGUUCUGGUUGGAGACAACCCUGCAAGCCAUUCCUACGUGUUAAACAAGACAAAAGCUGCUGCAGAUGUGGGUAUCAGCAGUGAAACUAUAAUCAAGCCAACAUCCAUCACAGAAGAGGAGCUCUUGGAUCUCAUCAACAAGCUCAACAACGAUGAUCAUGUCGAUGGGCUUCUUGUGCAGCUGCCUCUCCCAGAACACUUAGAUGAGAGGGCGAUCUGCAACGCUGUUACUCCAGACAAAGAUGUAGAUGGUUUCCAUGUGGUGAACGUGGGCAAAAUGUGCCUGGACCAGUACUCCAUGCUGCCGGCCACCCCUUGGGGAGUGUGGGAGAUUAUUAAGAGAACAGGAAUCCCUACUCUUGGGAAGAAUGUGGUAGUAGCUGGAAGAUCUAAAAAUGUUGGGAUGCCCAUAGCAAUGCUGCUGCACACGGAUGGAAGGCACGAGCGUCCUGGAGGCGAUGCUACAGUGACAAUCUCUCAUCGCUACACUCCUAAAGAACAGCUGAAGAUGCACACCAAACUGGCUGAUAUUGUCGUUGCAGCUGCAGGCAUACCUAACCUUAUAACAGCUGACAUGAUAAAGGAAGGUGCUGCCGUAAUUGAUGUUGGCAUUAACCGCGUGCAGGAUCCAGUUACCGGCAAACCAAAACUUGUCGGAGAUGUGGAUUUUGAAGGUGUAAGAAAGAAAGCAAGUUACAUCACUCCGGUGCCGGGGGGAGUCGGACCUAUGACUGUUGCCAUGCUAAUGAAGAAUACAAUCAUUGCUGCAAAGAAAAUGUUAAAACCCACAGAGCUCCAGGCCCUUGCCAUGUAACAUCCGCUCCGUGAUUUCAAUAGGACUUUACAUUCCAAACCAACUUCAUGAACAGGCCGAAGAUAAAAAAAAAAUGCAAUAUUUGUAUUUAUUGUAGAAAAGUCCCUGGUUUAGGGGGAUGACAUUAUUUAUUUGAAUACAGGGUUCUUGUUCGGCAUGUGUAAUGCGGAGAAGGCUUUGAGGGAUGCUUUUAGUCAUUUCUACAUAAAAUGCACACUCCCCGUGCCACUGUUACAGAUAAUAUGGUGAGGCCAAAGAGGUAGCUGCACUUUGCAUCUAUGAUGUGUUUAAUGCUGACUGUGGUGGGGGAACACAUAAAAUGCUGCAGUUCCUGCCACCCCACAGAGGCUUUACGUCAGGGCUCCCCAACCUUUUUAACCCGUGAGCCACAUUCAAAAAUAAAAAGAGUUGAAGAUGCAAAAACUUCAUGGGGUGCCAAAUAAGGGAUGUAAUUGGCUAUUUGGUGGCCCCUAUGUGGACUGGCAGCCUACAGGAGGCUCUGAUUGGCAGUACAUCUGGUUUUAUGCAACCAAAACUUGCCUCCAAACCUGAAAUUAAAAUUAUAAGCACCUGCUGUGAGGCCACUGGGAGCAACAUCCAAGUGGUCAGUGAGCAACAUGUUGCUCACAAGCUACUGGUUGGGGAUCACUGCUUUAUGUCAUAAUGCACUGAUCAUUACAUAUCAAGCUGACUAUAAGCCUGUUACUGGCCAUACAUCUGAGCUGCUAGCUUCUCUGGGAGACCUCUUAUACAUAUAUUCAGUUCUCAUAGUGUCUGUUAUCAUGGAAUUCCUGUUGGCAGCUGGAUAUCUCGUAAAAGGAGAAUUCAACCCGUAAUAAAAAAAAAAAAACACCCUGCCCUAGGUAGACCCCCAUUUCUCCUACCUCCCAGCCUACCUGCCCCCCAGGCAAGUGCCCCUCAUUUUUUACUCCUUUUUACCCCUCUGUGCAGAUUCUGGCCUCGGAGUUCACGGCAGACAUCUUCUUCUUCUUCUCCGGUAAUUUUUUGACGGCAUUUUCAGCGAAAAAUCUUCUUGACUUUCGGCGCGUGCACAAUGCUUUGGGACCAGAAAUUUACUCCAACUGCGCAUGCACCGAAAAAGACAGAAGAAAGAAGAUGGCGCACGUGAACUCCAAGGCCAGAAUCUGCACGGAGGGGUAAGUAAAAAAUUAGGGCCAUUUGCCCGGGGGCAGGUAGGCUGGGAGGAGGGGGGUUUACCCAGGGGUCUGCUCAGGGUAGGGGGGGGUUUAAGUACGGGUUAAAUUCUCCUUUAAGCUCGGAAAUUAGCCAGAUUGCUUUCAGGUUUAUGCCUAGACCCAGAAGAAUAUGAAGACAGUGCUGCCUACCACGUUACCAUUGUAUGAGAUAUUUUCAUGGUCAGCGACUCAGGUUAGCAAGUUAAUGAGGGCUCUUGGGGUUAUUUUAAAAACCCGUAAAUCAUACUUGUGUAAUUUUACUUGUUUUUAUGCCAUGUAUAGUAUGCUUUGAGUGGAGAAUGUUGCAGCGGAUAAGAGUGUUUGGAAUGCUGUGGAUGCUGAGAGAGUUUAAGAUUCUGAGGGAAGUGGAUUCCUCCACUUGCUUUUUCAUUUGUUUCAUUACAUGAAUGAGAUGUAGGUACCAUUCUGGUAUUUAUUAAACUCUUAUUCAGUCCAAAAAA